AUGAGUUGGUUGGCAAGACAGGAGGAGCGAGGAGGCUACAACAGCGAACGUUCUUACUACAACACCUAUAGUAUAUUAGCGCAAACUGAAAACAAUCUUAGAUUUUUCGGACACUUCCUCGACCUUGAUCAAUCUAAUAGAAAGGCGGAGUUGGCGAUGAACUGUGGUGAGAAGGGCUCAAUUUCUCUCGUCAUUUUAAUCUACGUAUAA